ACAUACACAAGUCCAGCACAAGAUAGUUAAAAGUUAACUCUUAACUUGAGUUAUACAGUUGUAUAUCUCACCUUCACUAGCAAAUGUCUGGUAGUGUGAAUGAUAGUAGAGAUAAAAGUUCAAUAAUGGACGGAGAAGAAAAAGAAGAAAGGAUUGUUGAUAUCUACAUCACUGCAGAGGCUGUAAGAGAUAUUAAACACAAGAAACAAACUGAGGAAUCUGAAACAACAACCCGACCACCUGAACACACAGGAAGUGAGACUGUGAGGAACAGAAGUCCCAGAUCAGUUCUAGUGUGUUUGGUGGUGUUGUGUGUUCUUCUACUGACUGCAGUCAUAGUGUUGUGUGUCCUGAUCUAUACAAACAAUCACCAGUUUCACAUCAACAACAAAAACAUCACAGAAGAGAGAGACCAACUACUAACCAAAUAUACCAACAUCACAGAAGAGAGAGACCAACUACUAACCAAAUAUACCAACAUCACACAAGAGAGAGACCAACUACUAACCAAAUAUACCAACAUCACAGAAGAGAGAGAUGAACUGAGAGUCAACUUCAACAAUAUCAGUGUGCAAUGUGAACAGUUCAGGCAGGAAAAAAAUAAACUGUUGGAAUUUCUUCAAUUGGGUGGAUGGAUUUACUAUGAAUCCAGUUUGUACUUCUUUUCAUCGGAGAAGAACAACUGGACUGAGAGCAGAAGAUACUGUACACAGAGAGGAGCAGAUCUGUUCAUCAUUAACAACAUAGAGGAACAAUAUUUUGUUGGCAAUACGUCUGAUAGCAGUACACAACACAUCUGGAUCGGUCUGUAUAAGGUGGCGGACACAUGGAAAUGGGUUGAUAACAGCACAAUGACAUCUGAACGUUGGGGAGAUAAAGAACCAAAUGGAGGAAAUAAUGCAAACUGUGUUGAGACAAGUGGAUCAUUCUGGAAUGAUCAUGAUUGUUCUACAAAUCUCAAAUGGAUUUGUGAGAAAAAGAUUUUAAUAUGAGUUGUUAAAUGAGAAACAUACAUUUAUUCACUAAACUGUGAACACACGAGAGCUUUCAUGUAUGAACACCAGAACCAGGAAUAACAAUACAAUCAAUCUGAGCAAAUUAAUCAAUUUAAUUGCAUAAUUCAUACGUAUUUCACAUAUAGACACCGUUGUAUAAUUAAUUCUAGUUUAAUUUUAUGCAAACUAUUUAUAUUUUAAUUUAGAUAUUUUAGUAAAUCAAAACCUUUUUUAUGUAGUUGUGUGUAAUAUUGUGCAUAAAUGUGAAUAACACAUUUUAACACAGUUUGUUGUGAUGACGGUAUUGCAGGAUGUAUUUAUACAGUAUACGUUCAGAUGCAACUACUGUAAAGAAUUACAUGUUUGGAACUGUAAAUCUGUAUCACUGCAGUGUGUUGCAAAAUUGUACAAUUAUUUCCAAAUAAAUA